UCUUCAUCACUCACUCUCAAUCUUCUAAACAUGAAUAGCCUUUCUCAACAACAUUUUUACAGAAACCCAUUGAUCCAAUUGGAGAAAGUUUUUAGUCGUUCCAUCAAUGCAAUCGAGUGGAAACACACUCAAGUGAGUUUGAACGAGAGAGUGGAUAAUAAAAUCUCCAAUAGCAUAUUUCAAUUGCAUGUGAGACUAGGAUUUAACUUGUCAACAACAGUGAAGAGAAAAUUGAGCUUGGGAGCUACAAUUCUUCAAAAUGGUGGAUUGGAGAAAGUAUUCAAAAGAAAUUUCCAAGUCAGAUUAGGAGAGAGGUUUGUAACUGCUUCCCAAUGUUAUUUAUCAACAACAGCAGGUCCCAUCGCGGGUCUUCUCUUCAUCUCUUCCGAAAAGAUUGCAUUCCUAAGCGAAAGAACUAUCAAACUAUGCUCUCAAAAUGGACAGUUUGCUAGAGCACACUACAAGGUGACGAUUCCUCUGGCAAAAAUUAGUGAGGCCAAUGAAAACAAGAACAUCACAAGACCUAAAGAGAAAUACAUCGAGAUUGUCACAGUGGAUAACUUUGAUUUCUGGUUCUUGGGUUUCUCAAAUUACCAAAGAACUUAUAAGAAUCUUCAAAGGGAAAUCUCCCAAUCUAAAAUAUCAGAGAACUGUAAUUUAAUGUGAAAGCAUAUAUAAUUUAAAUCAAGAUUUUUGUACAAACUUGGUUACUCUGUUUUGCUAUAUGUUUGUAUAGAAGUUACUUUUCCAUUGAUUAAAUCUAAUAAUCAAAUUUGAUCUUUA